AUGGCCCUGGGACUGACGAACUGGAGUGGCAACCUGCAGUACAGCGCGCACACACUGCAUCAGCCCACCACCGUGGGCGAGGUGCAAGCAAUCGUGAGGCAGGCAGAUAAAAUCCGUGCUGUGGGAUCGCGUCACAGCUUCAACCCGAUUGCAGACUCGCCGAACCUCAUCUCGUGUAGCAAGAUGAAAGUCAUCCACAUUGACGAACCAAAUCAUUGUGUGACGGUUCAAGCUGGUGUCACUUACGGUGAUCUGUGCCCUUUACUCCAUGAGCGGGGCCUUGCCUUGCACAAUAUGGCAUCGCUGCCACAUAUUUCUGUCUGUGGGGCAGUUGCAACUGCAAGCCAUGGCUCAGGGCAAGACAACGGCAACCUUGCAUCGGUCGUUUCCGGUCUGCACAUCGUGCUGGCAUCAGGGCAGCUCGUGGAGAUCAGGGAUGUUCACGAGCUUCGGCUUGCCGUGGUUGGGCUGGGGUGCCUCGGCAUAGUCACGCAGGUAUCAUUGCGCUUGCAGCCGACAUUUUUCAUCCGACAGCGAUGCUUCGAAGGGCUGCAGCUACGAUCGAUUUCUUCGCAGGCGCACUUGGAUGCAGUUCUCGGUGCUGCGUACUCUGUCAGCAUAUGGACCACGUGGCUUCCGUCGGGACCGGCUAUGAAGUUCAAAGUUUGGGCAAAGGACCGGAUGGAUGGGACCGAUCACAAAGAGGGGCCUCUGCAGAGCUGUCUUCGCGAGGGCACGUCCCCGCUUAGCAAGUGUACGGAGUGCCAAGAGCAGCAGCACCCCGUGAUGGGAAUGGAUGCGACGGUGUGUACCGAGCAGGGUCACCCUGGCCCGUGGCAUCAGCGGCUUCCACAUUUUAAGGCCGACCAUGCACCUAAUGUUGGAGAGGAGUUGCAAUCGGAAUACUUCGUCGCUCGGAGAGAUUCUGCGCAAGCACUCUUAGCCCUGGCAGAGAUUUCGAGUGUUUUUCAACCGUUUUUGCUGGUUUCCGAGAUCCGCGCAGUGGCGGCGGAUGAGUUGCUCUUGAGCCCGCAUUCCAAAGGCCUCGUGGGGGAGGCCGGCAGCGUUGGAUUUCAUUUCACGUGGCGCAUGAGGCAGCACGAGGUCAUGUCACUGGUAUUGCCGGCCGUGGAGGAGGCGCUUGAACCUUUCCAAGCACGCCCGCACUGGGGCAAGCUCUUCGCGAUGUCACGCCAGCGUCUGGAAUCGCUCUAUGGCCCUGUGCUUGCAGAAUUUCGUGCCUUUGCACGGAAAUUGGAUCCCACGGGCAAGUUCGCAAACGAGUUGUCAGUUCAAGCAGAGGUGGGUGAGCCAGACGAUUGGCCUGUUCCUGUGCGCUGUUGGAAGUUCUUGUCUGCGAGCCUGGCUAAGGCAUCUUUGGCAGAAGGGGUCGAGCAGGAGGUUUUGGAAUACCUGACGGCUUCUGCCGUCGACCUGCUUCAGGAUGCCUCCAAGCGAGCGGAGGCGGCUGAAGAGUUAGAGCAAUCAGUGGCGCCUCAUUUGGAGGCCGCCGGUGUGGGGGGCAUCGAUGCCUUUCUCAAGGACUUAUUAGAUAGGAUUUUUCCAGAGAAGGAUGCGGCCAAAGAGGUUGCCGCUACUUCGAAGUCAGAUGAAGACCUUGUUUGUUGCAUUCCGAACUUGAUCCUGAUGUACGGGGGCAGCGUCAAGCCGUUGCUGAGCAACACGCUUUUUGAACUUCGACGUGGCCGCCGGUAUGGCAUCGUUGGACAGAAUGGUGCUGGUAAGACAACCUUGAUGUCAAGGGUUGCUGUUGGCGACUUGCCUGGCAUGGAGAAGCUCAAGUGCUACCACUUGGAGCACGAGGGGAUAUUGGACAACAUAGACAGAAGAACUUCGUGCAGUGAGUUUGUGAAGCUGAAAUGCGAAGGAAUUGACAGUCGCUCCACAGACAAGUACCUUCACGAUGUGGGCUUCGACUCGGAUAUGUUCAGCAAGCAGGUUGGCGAGUUGAGUGGAGGCUGGAAGAUGCGGCUCGCCCUGGCGUGUGCUGUUGCCCAGGGUGCGGACGUGUUUUUGCUGGACGAGCCGACAAACCACUUAGAUUCCGUCGCCGUCCGGUGGCUCCAAAACUACCUGGUGACACAGGGCAAGAGGAUAACCGCCAUGAUCAUCUCACACGAUGCCGGCUUCCUGAACCAUGCCUGCACGGACAUCGUGCACUUCACAAAGGAGGGCAAAUUGGUGUACUACGAGGGAAACUUCGAUGCCUUCAGGGCAAAGACAAAGCUGGAUGCCGAGGGGGCCAAAAGUGUAUUGACAGUCAGAGGUCACGAAGGGAAGACGCAGGAUGAUCAAGAGAAGCCAGUGGAAGGCAAGCAAUUGGGGGUUUUACCCGCGGAUGGAGAUGAGGACGGCAUGAGAUUUCCCAUGCCAGGAAAGAUCGAGGGACUCGGUACGGCCAGCAAGCCGGUGGCAACAGUCACCAACCUGAACUUCAAGUACUUCGAGGAUGCCCCCUUAGUGUUGAAGGGCGUAACCGUCCGGCUUACCAUGGGCAGUCGCAUCGGAGUGGUCGGUCGAAAUGGUGCUGGCAAGUCAACGCUGUUGAACCUUCUUGCUGGUGAGCUCCUUCCACCCGAGGAUGAGACGGGAGAGGUAAGUGCUGUCUGGAGACACAGAAAUCUCCGGCUGGCUUAUAUAGCCCAACACCACUUCUUCCACCUGUCUGAGUUCGUGAAGAGUACGCCUUUGCACUACUUUCAAACACGUUUCAG